AUGAUCGUUCUCUGUACAAUUGUUGGUGUGGUUGUGGUCAUUGGAUUAACCUCAACCGCUCUUUUUUUUGUUGCCAAAAAGCGCCAGUGGGCGAUGCGAGAGACUAUUCGUCGUUCUGCGCGACAAGUCGUCCAAGCAAUCAAGACGCCCUUGACUMCCAGAUUCCCGAAGGUCCCUGAGCAGCUCAGGAGAACCCAGACGAAAGAAGACCAGAAGGAGACAAAGAACCAGAGACUCAAUGACCUGGAGAAAGGAUUCAAGACUUCCAACUCGAGCAACUGCUCCGUCCAGAUCACUGCUGGCGAACGAGUUCAAGGCAAUGAGAAGAAGACCAGAGGUUGGGGAUCACGCUUCGCAUUUGAUCGCUAG